CGGGCUAAAGACAGCAUCAUCGAAGGCAGUCGAGUGGUAAUGUAGAGGAGCAUAAUAGGAGUCUCCGACUAAAUAGAGAUCUCACAGUCGGACGGUCAGGCGGAGGGGCCACACGUCUGAUCUGUAAUCUAUCUUAUAAAGGGAUCCUUGUUCCCGUUUGAAGGGAACCGACACACCGACCAAACAAAAAUCCACCGAGCAUUCACUCAUUGCUCGUAAUCCGACGAGUCCUCCGCUUCUGCUAGGAGAACUUUUUUUGACAACUUGUUUUUUUUUCGUUAGCCAAAUUCAAUAUAUUCGGUUCGAGCUUAAUUGCUUUCAUCUGUUUGUGAAAGAGCUUCACUUUAUUUUUCCCCGCCGAGGACUGCACACCCUGUGGAAACCGAGAAAGAAAUUGUGCGCAACAUCGUUCAUUCAGCGGGAAUAAGGAACAAAGAGCUUCGUGCCGACAACAUUAGCGCUCGCCGGUGUCUCUCCGACUUCAGGACGGACUGUUAUCUGGCAUACAGCGGAUGAAGAGAACUAAAGACUGCAACCAAGGAGAACCCAGAGGCCCAUUCAUAUUCACAUCAACACGAGCUGGUUUGGUACUUCGGCAAGCGGAAUUGUAAUUUAGCCUAAUUAGACUACUGUCAAGAACGGGCGCCUCGUCAAAGUCAGACUGACUCGUGGCAGUUCUACUUCAGCCUGGCGAAGAGUUUCUGCCCAACUUCCUUCCAUACAUGAUCUAAACUCCGUGUACCUUCAAGUAUACUUUUCAUUCGAGGGUUUCUUCUCUCAAGCUGGACAUGGGUUCACAAAGCUAAAUCAGCCUUCAGCUCGUGUUGACUGGAGUUACCAUUGUUCUGUUUUGGAGAGGAGCGAGUUCCUUUGUCUGAGAGCGAGAUGAGCGUGAAUCUCACAACACCCACGCUGCCUCUGCGACUGAAGCGAGUAGACUGCGAGGACUCCCACAGCACAGAGACGCUGAAGUGUAAGCGCCGUAGGUUGAGCCAGCCCCCCUCCCCUGGCCUGGCCCCCUGCCUUCGGCCCCUGACCCAGAGCUCAGAGCAUGCAGGCCCAGAGAACCACCGUGUGUCCUCCAUUGGGCCCUAUGUUCUGUUGGAGGCCAUAGAGGGCACACAAACUUACAGAGCUGUCCACCGUGUCACCGAGCAGGAAUAUACCUGUAAGGUGUUUUCUAUGAGGAAGUACCAUGACCUCAUUGCUCCUUACACCCGAUUGCUGCCUCAUGACAACAUCUGUAAGAUAUCUGAGGUGAUUAUGGGGGAGCAUAAUGUGUAUGUAUUCUUCGAGCGCAACUAUGGCGACAUGCACUCAUAUGUGCGCACCUGUAAGAGGUUACAAGAGGACGAGGCUGUGCGUCUCUUCAGGCAGAUGGCAUCAGCAGUCGCACACUGUCACGAAAAUGGUGUCGUUCUCAGAGACCUCAAGUUGCGCAAGUUCGUCUUUGCUGAUGCACAAAGAACAAAGCUGGUCUUGCAGAACCUGGAAGACUCCUGUCUUCUCAAUGGAGAUGACGACUCUCUCACAGACAAGCAUGGCUGCCCAGCCUAUGUUGGCCCAGAGAUCUUGAAUUCGCGCCACUCAUACUCAGGGAAGGCAGCAGAUAUUUGGAGCCUGGGAGUGGUUCUUUACACCAUGCUGGUGGGACGCUACCCCUUCCAGGAUGUGGAGCCUGCAGCGCUGUUCAGCAAAAUCCGCAGAGGUGCUUUCACCAUCCCUGAGACUCUGUCCCCCAGGGCCAAAUCUCUGGUGUGCUGUAUGCUGAGGAAGUUGCCCACAGAGCGGCUGGAGGCCCCAGAUAUUCUGCUGCACCCUUGGCUGCACUGUAGCACCACAGUCAUCUCCAAUCAGCACCCUAGCUCCAGGCACUCUGCAGACCAAGUGGUUCCGGACUUUGACAAGAGUGAGGAUGAGGACUGCUAUUGAGACUGGUAGAGAGCGUUUUCUCUCUCUCUCUCUCUCACUCACGCUCUCACUCCCCUGUGUUGGCUGGCACCGUAGAGAGUCCCUGCAGAGACUUUAGAGGGUGUGUAGCGGUCAAGUACAGGAAAAGGCUGAGAUUUCAGAUUCCAAAAAAGGUGAACAGCUUCAUUGCUGUUUGUCAUCAGGCAAAGAAUCUGAGAGGCUUCGGUCAGGCUUUCUGGCCAUUGUGAUACAAGUAGACACAGGACCACAACGCUUUGCUAGCCUUCUUAUUACAUCUGGGAACUACCUAUGCUGAUGUGGUCUCAUCAAGAGAAAACAACCAAGGGCUGUGAAAAUUUGAAAGACUUAAGCUGUGCAUUGGCCGCUCUGCAAGCAGAUUUGUCGUUCAAAGCACAACUGGACCUUCCUCAACCCGUCAGACUCGUGCAGACAUUCACUUCAGCAGUAUUGUGAUUACCAUGUAUAUAUGUCAUACAGUGUACAUCCACUUUGUUGGAGAGACUUCGAAUCACUUGUCUGAUACCUCUAACUUGAAUCCUGGGAUACUUGAUGCACAGUAUGUGCCUUUUUUCGUAUGUACUGUUUACAUAAUUUGCAGUGGAAAAUGAGGUUGACUAUUUAAAGUGCCUUUUUCACUAGGACAGUUGAUGUUAUGUAGUUGUAUUUUUUUGGAGUAACCUACCAAAGAUUUACUUUCACCGAUCCUCAUUUUAACGAGUGAAUCUCAGUUUAGCUAAAGUGCUUUCCCACCUGGAGGUUUCAUGUUCUGUACCAGUAGGAGACAUGUCUGUAUUCUCAUGACAAAUCCUGGUCUUGAUUCACUCAGAGAACAUGGUAGAACAGGGAUGAUAAAAGUAAUGCUGUGUUUAUAGGUAGACCAGGAGCUGUACAUAAAGUCCUGCUACGAUUCUGUAUAACCUUUCAGGAAAGACAUUUCCUCAGUGCCAGGGUUUUUUUCCUUUCUUUCAUUGUUCUCUGAGGAACCUGUGAUGUCAUUAUAGGCAUGGUGACUUAGGUCAUAGAUAAGUUAAAACAUGAUCUAAGGCAUGAGUACUGUCUGUUUUGUAUGUGCUGUGGGUGGACUUAGUUAGACCCCGAAGGAUACAGAGUGCUAGCUGACUUGCACCGCAGUUCAAGUUUCCAUGUAAUGGUAACGUGGUGUCUAACAUGUGAAGCAAAACAAAGGCAUUACGUUUGAUGUCAGUAAUGAUGCCUGCAUGCAGUGCUUUGACCCUCAUGUUUGUCAAACUACUUUUGUUGUGAAAAUUGUAAAUAUCACUUUUGUAACUAUGGCAAAAAGAACACUACACUUUUGUUCAGUUUCAUGUGUUGUAUUUUUUUUUAAGUAUUUUGUUGUUGCCAGUACAAAUAAAGAAAGGUUAAAUAGCGUUUUGUUUUUCACAAA